AUGUUUAUUGUCAUGUUUAGGGCCUUGAGGGAUCUAAAAUGUGCCCGCCACUUUUCCACGGCAAAGUGCAGUGGAGGGCAAAUAGGAAGUUCUAUUUCCACUUAUCAGGAGGGUUUCAAUGAGCAAAACAAAGUUGAUAGCUCAUUGGGCUUGCCUAUUGGUAGACUGUGGAAGCCAGAUACUGGUUCCGGAAAGUCAACACAAGUGCCCCAGAUGCUGCUCGACGAUGCUAUGGUCAAGGGCUCUGGAAGCCUAUGCAAAAUACUCUGCGUCCAACCUCGCAGAAUAGCAGCGACUUCACUAGCUAAGCGGGUUGCGAAAGAAAGAAGGGAAUCACUUGGAUACUCCGUAGGGUAUCAAAUUCGAUUCGACUCUCGACGUCCCACAAGACUGGGCUCAAUCACGUAUUGCACAACAGGUUAUCUCCUGAAUAUGCUGCAUUCUGAGUCCUACCUUGUGUCUUUCUCCCACAUCAUACUCGAUGAAGUUCACGAACGAGCCCUUGACCUCGACCUAUUCAUGCUUUUUCUAAGAAACUUCAAUGCUGUCGACGACGGAGGUCGCUUGCCUGCUCCACAUCUUUGUAUUCCCGGUCGCGCUUUCCCUGUUGGCAAACAUUACCUAGGUGAAGUCAUCGAGUCUUUGUCUGGGUUCUACUCCCCGCGAGCGCUAUCAUUAAGAUACAACCUUCUGCCAGUGACAAACCGCUCGAAUUCUGACAAAGAAGGGAUCGAUGGGGACCAGCAUUUGCAGGAUUCGAUUUUGCCACAAUCAUCUUCAUCCAUAUUUCGAGAAGAAGAUCCUUUGAUACCCCUAGGCCUCUUAUGCGCCGUUAUCUGUUAUGUGUUGUCUAGUACAAAGGGAGGCUCUAUCCUGGUCUUCCUCCCAGGCUUACGUCACAUCAUGGCCGUUGAAAGUGCCGUCCGAAAUCAUGGAAAGAUGCUAGGCUGUGACUUCUCUGAUUAUAGUCGAUACAAGAUCCUGCAGCUCCAUUCAAACCUUCCCGAUGGUCAAGAGAACUUUUCAACUUCGAUAACUAUUCCAGAUGUUAAGUUUGUCAUUGAUAUAGGCAAGGUAAAUCAAAGGAUUUAUGAGCCACACUCAAGGUCAACCCGGGCUGGUAGAGUCCAAGCAGGAGAGUACUUUGCUCUUUUUACGAGGGAUAUGCACAAUUCUUUCCGUAUCACCAGAUUUCCCGGAAUGAUGCGGGAGGACUUGCAACAGACUUCUUUGCAAGUGAAGCGGACAGUAUCGUCUGCCUCUAUUCAGGACACCUUACGAGAUUCCAUUGAACCCCCGGACGAGGCCAAGGUGGACUUGGCAAUUAGUAACCUACAACUCUUGAGAGCGCUGGAUGAGAAAGAGGGGCUUACCCCCCUCGGAGUCCUUCUCUCAGAGUUGCCACUUGACCCUUGCCGCGCAAAGCUGGUUUUGUUGGGGGUUAUAUUUCGCUGUCUUGAUCCGCUUCUCAUUAUUGGGGUAAUCGGGGGCGACCAAUCUUUGUUCUACUCAUCAGCAGACCAGGAGACACGUAAGGAUGCGCACAGGGCUCGUGUAGAAUUUUCACGAAAUACCUGGAGCGAUCACCUUAGCAUGGCCAACGCAUUCAGGGCAACCCGUGAGGUCUGGUAUCGAACGGGACGUGCAGCCGCAUUUGAGUUUGCAGUAUCGAACCAUAUACACUUUGAUCGCGUCUAUGAAGUGCUACAGGUUGCCCGUCAUAUGCUUGAGAUCCUAGCUAAGAAAAGGAUUAUUUCCUGCCAUGAACACCUGGAUGAGCACUUCCAGUUUGGAGGUGCCAGCUUGAAUACCAAUUCAUGGCGUACCCCACUUAUUAAAGCUCUGAUCUUUCAUGUCAUGUAUCCCAAUCUUGCAGCUCCUUCGUCAGCUUCGCGCAGGCGUUACUUUACUGAGACAGAUGAGAUGACACACAUGUCACCCUCUUCUGUCAAUUCCACGGAGCGACCAAGGAGCCUGUUCAUCUUCAAUUCGAAGAACAAGCCUUCUUCGGGGGAAACGUAUUUUCUAAAGCAAACUUCACAUGUCACGCCGCUCGCCGCUUGCCUCCUGGGAGGGCGACUGCAAGGAAGUGGGCGCAGAAUAUGCAUGGACUCAUGGCUGGACUUCUUAGUCCAAGCCAAUGAAGGGACGGGAGGCGAUCGUGCAGCCAGAUUAUUGAUUGAACUUCGAAAGACAAUACAAAUGGUACACCAGCCAUUAUAUCCCGUAUGUAGUGUUUGGGGACAUCAACUAACACCUGAUCACUAG